AUGCUCCGCGCCGCUCGCCCCCGCCGAGCCGGCGCGCUCCUCCUCGCCGCCGCGGCCGCCGCCUCCUCCUCAGGAGCGCUCGCGUACGACCGCCGCGGCGGCGACGGCGACGGCGACGGUGACGGUGAAGCCUUCUCCACCACCACCACCGCAGUCCGCAUCUCGGCGUCCUCGCCGCUCCGCCGCGCGCUGUCCUCCGCGGCCUCGGGGAUCCUCCCGGGGGGCAGUGCACACCUCCUCCCGUCGCCGCUCCCUCUCGGUGAAGGGUUUUCCUUCCUAAAUUUCUUCACAUCUGCAUCAAAUUGGAGUGCAGGGUUUCCCACCCAAAAUUCCUUCGCAUCUGCGUCAGUUCCACCCACUAAUUUGAGCAACCAGAGCUCUGAUGGAAACUCAGAUGAUUCAAAAUGUUGCCCAGGAUGUAUUAACCGAAAUACAAUCGCCAAGGCUGCAGCUGCAGUUGGUCCUGCUGUUGUCAACAUUUCUUCUACACAAGAAACUCAUGGAUGGGUUCUAGAGAAGAGCAUUGGAUCUGGAACCAUAAUAGACCCAGAUGGGACAAUAUUGACAUGUGCCCAUGUUGUUCUAGAUUUUCAAAGCACAAAACCAAUCUUGAGGGGAAAGGUUAGUGUGACUUUGCAAGAUGGUCGUGAGUUUGAAGGCACUGUUCUCAAUGCUGAUCGUCACUCUGACAUUGCUGUUGUGAAGAUUAAAUCGAAGACCCCUUUACCAUCUGCAAAUCUUGGAUCAUCAUCUAAACUUCGACCAGGUGAUUGGGUUGUUGCUUUGGGCUGCCCACUUUCUCUUCAAAACACAGUUACAGCUGGUAUUGUAAGUUGUGUUGACCGGAAAAGCAGUGACCUAGGUCUUGGAGGAAUAAGAAGGGAGUAUUUGCAAACAGAUUGUGCUAUCAAUAAGGGAAACUCUGGUGGUCCACUUGUGAAUCUUGACGGUGAAAUUGUCGGAGUUAAUGUGAUGAAAGUUUGGGCAGCUGAUGGUUUGAGCUUUGCAGUACCGAUUGACUCUAUUGUGAAAAUAGUGGAGAACUUCAAGAAAAAUGGGAGAGUUGUAAGACCAUGGCUUGGUUUAAAGAUGCUUGACCUUAACCCAAUGAUCAUUGCACAACUUAAAGAAAGAUCAAGUUCUUUUCCAGAUGUAAAAAAUGGUGUGCUUGUUCCAAUGGUUACACCAGGAUCACCAGCUGAACAUGCAGGAUUUCGUCCUGGGGAUGUGGUCGUUGAAUUUGAUGGUAAACUGGUUGAGAGCAUCAAAGAGAUCAUUGAUAUCAUGGGGGACAAGGUUGGAGUGCCAUUUAAAGUUCUUGUUAAAAGGGCGAACAAUGUAACUGUGUCUUUGACAGUGAUACCAGAGGAAGCAGAUUCUAGCAGAUGACUCACAAUUAAUCUUGCUUGAAAGGUUGAGCAAAGAGUAGAAUUUUCCAGCACAACUCAUGUAUCCUAUAUAAUUUAGUUUAUACUUCCUCCGUUUCACAAUAUAAGUCAUUCUAGCAUUUCCCACAUUCAUAUUGAUGUAAUGAAUCUAGACAUAUAUAUCUAUCUAGAUUCAUUAACAUCAAUAUGAAUGUGGGAAAUGCUAGAAUGACUUACAUUGUGAAACGGAGGGAGUAUGCCCUAUGAACGCUUUGUUGAGUUUUUCUAACCAGGGGCUACAGAUGCUCUCCUUUCCAGAAGAGGAAAACAAGGUGCGAGCGAAUUAUAGUACGAUAUGGAGUUGGAGCAACAAGUCAAUUUUGCCAGUGGCAUAUGCUUAUAAACUGAGAUUUCCAUGUUUGCCUUGUGUUCUGUUCUGUGGUUUGCAGCUUGUUUCAUUGUCAGUGUCUCAAAUAACCUUUUGUUAUUUGGCAAGCUCAGUGUAGCUUGUGCUCUCAUUCUUGUGUCCCUAAAUCUAAAUAAAGUCUUUUCCCUCCUAAUCAGUACCACAUCGUAAUAAAAUGGAACCCUAAUAAUAGACAGCAAUACAGAUAGAUUAAUCAUUUCUUGAUACAGUUCUAUGUUGCCAAUUCCAUAUGGUAUGUACAGUAUAUAUGUUCUAGAUGUCAGCCAACUUCCUUCUGUUUUAGAUUCAAAGGCAUAGUGAUACAUCUCAACAACAUGCUAAAAAUAGUUAGCAGCUAUCAUGUCGUCUCAGAACAACCAAGUAUGCCCGACUUUUGUACGAUGGUGUCAAAGGAAAAAUGUAAAGAUGGAGAUUGAAUAAUGUGAACUCCCCAUCAAUAAUUCUUUGCUUUCUGCAUUGCAAAAGUUUCAAGGGGUGAAUGAUUUUACA